AUGUAUAUCAUAUUUAUUCGAGAUAUUGCUCGUUGGGUAAAGAAAUUCUUGAAAUAUUUUGGAAUUUAUUCUUUGUCAUCCUCUAUACCAUCUGAUCAAGUCAUGUCUUCCAGACUAGCUCUUUCGUCGACAAUGAGAAAUUUGAUCCGUUGUGCGGGUGUAUCAGGUACCUUAGCGAUAUGUUUAGGUGUUUACGGUGCUCAUAUUAUGAAAGACAACACUCCGGACGAACUUCGACGGUUGUUUCAAUUGGCUCAGACAUAUCACAUUCUACAUUCCGCGGCGUUACUGGCAGUUCCAUUGGUAUCUCGACCAAAGGUGACUGGAUUGUUAUUUCUCGGUGGAAUGUCACUUUUCUGUGGGCCGAUUUAUUAUCAUGCCAUUCGAGAUGAUCCACGGUUUCGACGAGUAACACCUUACGGUGGAUUUCUACUCUUAGCUGGAUGGUUAUCCAUUGCUGCCCUUUAA